AUGGAGGCGAACUUCUCGAUCACAAUCGAGUCAUUUAUGGAAGUGAAAGAAGCAUACGACUGUCUUGCGGAAAUCGGCCAGCAGAGCGCAGCUUCUCAUAUGAAAUUCAAGCAAGGCACCAUUGUUGACCUCAACAGAGACAGGGAUGAAGCAUAUCUCGGUCCUCGAUCUCGUAUUCCGAUGAGUAGUCAUUUCAGGGAUCUCGAACAAGAAUACUAUAAAGAGAAGCACAGAAAUAGAAUGCUUGUUAUUGCGGCUGGAUUGGCGUUUAUCCUUGUUCUAGCAAACAUCGGCUACGUGAGCUACCUGCGGCGCAAUCGAUUUGCUCAGUUGGCUCCGAAUCACGACGCAGACAAGAGAUUUUGA